GCUGUUUGUAGGUGAACCAGCUUCACGUCUCACACUUGCUUACUUCUCUGCUCCUCUAAAGCAACCAAACGAUGAACCGUCAGAAUAAUAUUCCGUUCACUCCUUCGGGCAUACUCAAAGGAGCAGCGCCGGUAUAUAAACAACAACAACAACAACAGCAGCAGCAUGGAAGAGUACCCAAAGACUUCAGAGAAGCUAUGAAACACGUUUCAGGGAAGCCAGCAGACAACUCUAAUACCAGGACAUCUGACAUGGCUGCCAUCACACCACCAGCUCUGAAACAUGCAGUGCAGCCUUCUGCGAAAUGGAGGUCUUCAUUCACGCCAGUAGGAGAAGGAGAGGACAACUCACAGGACAAAAGCACCAACAGUCCAGAGAGGGUUGAGCUUUAUAAUCCUUACGAUCCUGCCUCAUCAGACUCUGAGAAUGAGAUGCAACAAGGCCAAGACCACAACCACUCCCCACCCGAGGACAACCACCUGGCACGCCAGCGUUUGUCUCCAAGUAGAGGCUGCCAUGACAAAUGGCACUGGGACUCAUCCUACUCUGAGCCAGAGAGCCGACCCCUCGACAGGCGUGACUUUGACCCUGAAACCAGACCCACGGAGAGACGAGGUCUCAGUCCCGGUCAAAGACUGCCCAAACCACAGACGUAUAGCCCAGACACUGACACACUUGUCCCACCGGGUUAUGGCUCUAUAAAUAGACCACUGGACCGCAGGGUCUGCAGCCCUGACAGGCUUGUUCACGACUCCUCCACCCAAAGGUUUCUUGCAUCUUAUGGAGCACAGAGGACCAACGGGGAGGAGAGGAUAACAAUCCCAGAAUGCAGGAGAGAGAUGACCCCUACAGGUAGACUAUCUCCACCCAGGUUACAGCGGGACUAUCAACAUAAGUUGGGAUACAUGGAAAGAGGACUGGACAAAGUCACACCUCCCACUGAGGUGCCAAGACCCAGGAACAAAAAUAUAAUAUUCAACAAGAGCCCCAUCACAUGUGACCUUUGUGAUGUUGAGUUAGCCAAUGUUCACGAGCUGCAGGAUCACUUGGAGAGCAAGACUCACUGGGACACCCUGGAGCACAUCCAGCAGGAGAAUAAUUAUGAUGACCUGGCUAUAGCCUUCCUACAGGAAGUCAUGCUGUAUAAAAGCCGUAAAUGUAGUCGACCCAUAGAGGAUAGUGUACUUCAAGCUCUCCAGGAAAAUGACCACAUGACAAAGAUUGAAAUGUUCCUUUGUGCAGCUUGCAACGUCUUCUUAUCCACAUCUGCCUCCUCAGUGCAGACUCACAUUACCUCUCAGGAACACCUCUCCAACACAAAGGAGUUUGAAGUGCAGCAGAGACGUGCUUGCCUUGACAAAGCAAAAGCCAUGAUGAAGGAGCUGCAACCUCAGUUUGAACACUUCCUAAAGGGUGGCAGCCCGUUUGAAUGACAGACAUCACUGCAAGUUCACUUCUAUUGCAACUACACAGAAAUGUGUGGCACCACUCAUGUACAGUAUAUUGCUGACAGCAUACUGUUAAUGUGCCAUUCAGGAGUCUGAAUAAAUGGAGGCAUCUUGAGUCUAUGGAUUUUCUUGUAUGUUUGUCACAUUUUGCCCAAUUUAUAGACAUUAGCUACAGUGCUCCCAGGCCAUUGCCAUUUGAUGAUUUUUCACAUUUACAGGUGCAAUGUUUUUAUAAAUUUGUGUGCAAAAAUGAUUGAAAAAGUCAACUUGUUUGUCGUUUUUUUUUAUUUAGAACAACACAAAUGUUUUAAGCAUUGUAUCUGUGAUAUAGUACAUUUAAAAUUAAAUUAUUUCAAAACAGUAUAUUUAAACAUUAAAUAUAGGUGACAUGUAUGAAAAUGCACUGUCAGCACUGACUGUGCCUGUUAGGUCUUUUUUCUUAACCAUCUUCAGUUUUAAUUUUGUAUUUGUAUUAGAAACAAUGCAGUUACUGAAAUACUAUAAAACACUUUCUAUGCAUAACAAGGUUCUGGACAUCGUUCUUUUUGUUCUUGUAUAAUAGCUCAGUUUUCCACUUGUGAUUCUUGGAGCUGUUUAUCAUGAUCUUUUGGGUGCGCUCACUUUCAGUUAAAAUAUUCAUCUCAGAGACUGUGGGCUUGGAUUUGAACAUAUUGCAAUACAAAAACACCCCCAACAUGAUUCUAUGUAUCUUGUAAAUGUGAAUAUUGAUACAGAAGAGAUGAAUCCCAAAUUUUGACAAAAGCGGACUCAAACCAUGAGAAAUCUGAGGUAAAAGUUGUCUUCAUUAGAAAUGGAUUCCACACUACAUUACUGCAUAAAACAAAAACAGUUCAUCUGUUUGGAAAUGAAUUCCAAAAAAUGGACAAUGUUAAAACAGAAAAGGUAACAAUAUCCAAAAUAAUUAACUUUUUCAUCUGUCCAAAUGUCCAAACAUGUACAGUAUCUCCAUCAUUGAGCAUUAUUGUACUUUUGGCCAGUAUUUAAUUGACUUAGAAAAAAAAAAGUGAAAGAACAUCCAAUGUACAUACACAUACAGUCUAGUGAAAUCUAAAAAGGUCCCCAUUUUCUUCAUGAGGCAGCAUGUGUGGCCGUCAGAGAGCUGUCUUGGUCAGUCUUGAGGGUUGAGGGCAGCGAGGUGACCUCUACCAUGCCUAGCCCAGUGUGAGGGACACUAGUGUUCAUGAUGUGUCUCUGUAAAUGUUUAAUCCAGUCCUCCUGGACCGACAACGGACCCUGGAAGACGAGGUCACAGAACCUGUGGAAAAAAAAAGAGAUUGAUAAUGACAUACCAUCACACAGUGGUUCUGAGCUAUGCUAGCAGCUUUUCCAGGGAUAACAAUGUUGGGUCUUUUGGAUGUUCCACCACUUCCAUCCUGACUGAACUUAAAAAAAUUUGUAAAAACAUUCAUGGUCCCCAGAGGAUGAAUCCUUCUGACUUUGAUGAUCCCCUGACUUUUCAUUGAACACCACUAUUAGGUUCACAUUUGUGCUUUUCAGUGAAAUGUCUCAGCAACUACUGGAUGGAUUGCCAUGACCUUUGUCUCCUUCAGGAUGAACUCUAAGUGUUUGAUGAUCCCUCAACAUUUCACCUCUUGCCACCAACAGGUCAAAAUGUUAAUUUGUCCC